AUGAACGAUCCCUUCCUGGAUGCGGAUGAUUUGGGAGAGACUCCCCAAGACUACGAUUUGCUCACCUCCGCCGAUGAAGAUGUGGUUCUGCGCCACUCGGCCUACAUGCGACAAUCCGGCACCUACGGCACCACAACGCCCCCUUCGAUUAUGACUUCAGAGAGUAGGAUCAACGAAGUUGAGACCGAUGAUGAGCCGCCUGCCUCAUUUCGCGCGGCGCCCAUGGCCAAUCUGCGAGUCCUUCUUCGAGGCGUGCUGUCGGCCAAGAACUUCAAAAUCACCCUCAUCCUAUGCACAGGAGAAGCACCUCAUUGGCCUCUCCGCUGCCUGUCUCGGCUCCUUAACUCUGUUGUCAGCUACAUGCUAGCCUAUGACGCGAGUGAAGUAUCGCAACUGGACGUCACGCUGGCCGCCCAGAAGCUUGCCUCCGAGACCGCACAGAUCGCGCUGGAGCUACAAGGCUCUUCGAGCGAUCUCCCCUCCUCUGCCGCGGGUAACUGGACCAAAGUCGAGGACUGGAGCGCGCAGCUCGAUCCCGAGCACGAGCUCGAGGAAAAGCUGGAGUUUGAGCUCCACGAUGUCCACUACAAGACCGUCCGCGUCGUGGUCACCACCAACAGCACGCUGCCCAUUGCGUUGGAGUUGCACGUUUUGGCUGCGGGCGGCCUGGCCAAGCACCAGGUGGUGAUUGGCAUGGCGAUCUUGGCCAUGGUCUACACCAUGAUCAUUUUCAACCUUAUCCACCACACGAUUGCCGCUUUGAUGGGCUCGUUCGUGGCUCUCGCCGCGCUGUCUAUCAUCCACGAACGGCCAAGCUUCGAAACUGUGGUGUCAUGGAUCGACUACGAGACCGUGAGCCUUUUGUUCGGCAUGAUGGUCAUUGUGGGUGUGCUCACCGACACGGGCUUUUUCGAGUGGGCCGCCGUCCGAGCCUACAAAAUGGCCAACGGCGACUACUGGCGGUUGCUGGUGUUGUUGUGCAUCUUGAUGUCCAUUCUCUCGCCCUUCGUGGACAGCGUCACGACCAUGCUGCUGUUUGGACCGAUGACCAUUCGCUUGUGUUCGGUGAUGGAUCUCGACCCGCUGCCCAUCAUCAUCGCCGAAGUCCUGUUUGCCAACAUAUCGGGUACCUCGACCGCCAUCGGUGACCCGCCGAAUAUCCUGAUCGUCAACGGCUUUAAGCACACGGGCUUGAUCAACUUCGGUAGCUUUUCGGCGCACGUUGCGCCAGGCGUGCUCCUGUGCAUUAUUGGCGUGUUCAUUCUCCUCAAGCGACUCUACCGGGAGCAGUUGAAGCGCCAGCCUGUCACACGCAAGAUGCGCGAAAUCGCCAUCUGGCAGAUGACCGUCAGCAAGAUCAACGCCUACGACGGCGAGGAGGCCAAGAUUGUCAGGAAGAAGCUCGAGGAGCACAUCAAGAACCUGAAAAACGUGGUGCGUGAGGGAAAAGCAGUGGGUAAGGGCAACCUGGCCGAGGCCGAGUAUGUGGCGGAGAUCGAGGGCAAGUACGUCAUCACGAACAAGCCGCUGCUCAUCAAGAGCGGCAUCGUGCUCUUGAUCGUGGUGUUUGUAUUCUUCCUGGAGGCCUUCGUCGAGCUGCACCUGAGCCUCGCGUGGACCGCCCUCAUCGGAGCCGUCGUCCUCCUCAUCCUCGCCGACGUUCGCGACAUCAACACCGUCUUCGAAAAGGUGGAGUUGGGAACGUUGAUCUACUUCGCGGGCCUCUUUGUACUUUUGAAGGCGCUCGAGGAGCUGGGCGUCGUGCAGUUCAUCGCCGACCACACCGCAUCGCUGAUUGGCCAGUUCCCUGAGGGCAAAAUUCGUCUAGCGGUGGCGAUCACGCUGCUGGUGUGGGUCGGCGGCACGAUCGGCGGCGUCAUAGACAACAUUCCCUUCACACAGACGAUGAUCCCCGUCGUGGCGCGGCUCGCCAGCGACGACAUGGGCCUGCCCCUCACCCCGCUCGUGUGGGCCCUCGUCUUUGGCUGCUGCCUCGGAGGCAAUGCUACGCUGAUCGGAGCGCCGGCCAACAUCGUUGCGGCAGGUCUGGCAGAGCAGCAGGGCUACAAGCUGACGUUCAUGCACUUCUUCCGCAUCGGUUUUCCGUGCUGCCUCCUCACGCUUCUCAUCUCCAACGUCUACCUCCUCGUCACCCAUGUUCUCAUCCCCUGGUACUGA